GUGAAUGGAAGUUGUAGCAUUAAUUUGACAAUGUGAAACAAAAGUGAAGCCACAUAGUAGACGCGCAACGGAUAAUCACGAAGGACAGAGAGACUUGUCUCUGUCAAGAUGCCACAACGAGUUACUACGUAGUCUUCAUAGACUGAAAUCUGUGCUCAGUAAUAUAAUGUCAACAACGCGGCCCCUCAACGGCAUGAAGCGGAUCACCGAGCUAACCUGUUCAGAGCCUCCGGGACACAGACUCUCUCCUCCCGCUAACAGACAACAGCAAGAGGCUCUAACAGUCGACGAAUUUACUGUACCCGAAGACAAACAAGCUGAGUUGAAAUGCGCCAGACCCAGAGUGGAGCAGGUUUUUCGUGUGGACUUUACAAUAAUUGGACUUCUCGACCACACUGGAGCUCACGGAAGUAAUGCAUCAAGGCAAAUAUGGUUGAAGCUAAUGGGAAGGAAAGAAGAUGUUUUGAAGGCAAAGGAGUAUGUAAAGGGCCUGUGUGACCCGGAGCUGGCCAAGGAGGAGCGCUACCCGGUGGACAUGCACUGCAUCUUCGCCGGCGCGCGCGGCCUCUUCCUGGAGCGGUUGCUACGGGAGACGAGCGCGGAGGUGGUCGCCGUGGAGCCGGGCCGGCUGCGUCUGGCCGGCGUGGCCGAGGCGGUCGUCAUGGCGCAGAGCCGCGUGCAGCAGUUCGUGGCGCUGUUCCAGGAGAAGCGCAGCCUCCCCGCCGAGCGCGAGCCGGCCGUCAAGCGCGCCUUCAAGACCUUCGUGGAGGAGCGCACCGACAAGUACGCCAUGGAGCUGCUGCUGUUGCCCAGCGCCCUCAAGGAGGAACUUCUGGGAUUGGCCCAGAGCCCCACGCAAGCCACGCCCCUCUGCGCCACGCCCCCCGUCACCACGGACGCGGAGCAGCAGGACCGCUCCCAGGCCAGCACGCCGAUCACAGAACUGUCCCACCACAUCCAGGACGCCAGCUUCGAGGAGCCAGAGGAGGGGGCCGGGCCGGGGACGUCGCUCUCCAACGGCAGGCCCACGCACAAGCGGCGCUCGUCGGAGGGCGAGCAGCGCAGCACCAAGCGCCAGUACUCUCUGGAGCGCCGUGAGGACGAGCAGGGGGCGGAGCUGGCGCCGCGGGCCAGGGAGGCCAGCCAAUCGCGUGCCAGGACGCCGCAGGUGGCGUGCGUGAGCGGCGAGCAGCACCUGGAGGCGAGUGGGGGCGAUGUGGGAGAGGAGGCCGAGGCGGGAGAGGUGAGCCCAGAGACCAACCUGCGCUGCCUGGUCAACUUCUUCCGGACCAUGGGCUACCAGCAGGAGGUGGUGGAGCGCGUGGUGGGGGAGAUGGGCCAGACCGAGGACACCUUCCUGCUGCUGGAGCGCAUCGUGGAGGAGAGCGAGCGCGUCGCCACCAGUGGCAACCCACGCCAACAACACCAUCACCACCACCACCACCAGCAGCAGGGGGCAGCCACGUCUCGCUCCUCUCGCACCCCCGACCCCCCCUCCUCCUCUUCCUCCGCCUCCUCUUCCUCCUCUGCCACGCUCUCCUACCUCCCCAGGGACAAGGAGCGCAUGCUGCUCAGGGCCAUGGCGGACUUCAAGGCCAAGGAGAACAUUCGGCCGGCCAGCAGCAGCAGCAGCAGCAGCAGCUACGCGCUCGGCCAGCAGCAGGGGGCUCCUUUUAAGAAGAGCAACGCAGCUGCAGCCGCCCAGAACGACGUCUACGAGGUCAUCUGCAUCGACGACGACGGGGAGGAGCGUAGGGAGAGCAACCAGGCCGCCAAGGCCCACACCAUCGCGCGCUUCGACCUGUCCUCCGCCUCGGAGCCCAAGCUGGACUACCUUUCGCGCGGCUCCCAGACCAUGGGCCCCGUGCGCGUGGAGAGCGUGACGGCGCUCCGAAGCGCCGCCCAGUGCCCUCCCCUCGUCCCAGACACCCGGCCCAGCUGCUCCUACCCGGCCAUUGCCGGAGCCCCCAAAUCGGCGGCGGUGACGGGGGUGUCGCGCUUCCAGCAAUCCCUGCGGACCCCCUACCGCCUGGUGCUGCAGGACGAGCCGGGACGCACCGACCUCCGACACGUCAUCAUCGACGGCAGCAACGUGGCCAUGGCCCAUGGUAACCACCGCCUCUUCUCGUGUCGUGGCAUUGCCAUCGCCGUGGAGCACUUCUGGAGGCGGGGCCAUCGCGACAUCACCGUCUUUGUACCCCAGUGGCGGCAGAAGAGGGAUGCCAACAUUAUAGAACAACACUUCCUGGGUCAGCUGGAGGAUCUACGUCUGCUGUCCUUCACACCGUCACGAGAGGUGUGUGGCCAACGCAUCGCCUCUCACGACGACCGGUUCCUGCUGCACCUGGCAGAGAAGACCGACGGCGUCAUCGUCACCAACGACAACCUGCGCGACUUUGUCAGCACGUCAGAGGCGUGGCGGAGGAUCAUUCAGGACAGACUCCUGCAGUUCACCUUUGUGGAGGACCUCUUCAUGAUCCCAGACGACCCUCUGGGGAGGAAUGGCCCAAACCUGGAGGUUUUCCUGCGCAAAGACAACAGGUCCAAGGCUGCCAGUCGUCCGCAGCAGAGGUCUGAGGCGUGUGUCCACGUGCCCCCCCUUCAGAAGCAGCCCAGCCCCCCCCAGCCGCGGCCGGCCUCCCACUGGCCCCAUACGGGCGCUCCCGGCUGGACCCCUUCGCCCACGCCGCGGCCGCCCCCCUCCAGCUCCCCUCCCCCACAGCGCUCGGCGGCCGAGACGUCCCAGCUGAAGAGGCAGCUGUACGACAUCUUCCCCGACCAGAAGCCGCACAUCGACCGCAUCCUGAACGAACACCCCUACAUGAGAGACCUCAACGCCCUGUCCGGACUGCUGCUGGGCUGAGGGACACGCACGCCAGACUCACUUUGCACUUACACACACACACACACACACACACACACACACACACACACACACACACACACACACACACACACACACACACACACACACACACUAACACACAAACACAGCUAGGAUGAGUGAGUGCCAAUAGACAUACACACACGCAUAAACACAUGGGGUGAAAACACAACCACUAAAAGUCAUAGACACACACUUAAGGAAAGUUUGCAGAAAAAAGUUUGCAGAAAAAAAGAAAAACGACCAAAAAUAAAUAUAUUUUGUUCACAGGUUGCAAUUUCUGUGUUGUGAAAUUGAAACUGCUCUCCUGUCAAGGUUUUCAGAACAGACACACAGACAGACCGUACUCUGACCUCUUCAAGCACAAGAGACACACCCCCUACCCUUUGCACCUUGAUAACCCAUUCUUCUAACCAACGUCACAAAACUACACAGCGAAAUAAAACAACACGACUAAAUCUUUUGAAUGUUUCUGAUAUGCACAGUCCACAGGGCGUAUGUCUUCUCUGGUGUACAUAGUUGUUGUUAUAUAUCAGAAUGAGCCCAGAGGAUGCUUUAUUUUCUGCUGUUUUUUUUGUUUUGUUUUGGGGUUUUUUGUCAAUACUACGCUGUGACAGGCGUUGCUGAAUUGAUACCUGGCGCCUGUGGUUGUUUCCUUUGUAAUGUAUAGUUCCUUUAUGGUGGCUGUCUGUACAUACAUGAUGAUGUAAACCAAAUGGUCUGGUGGACUGUUUAUGUUAACCAAGUGGUGUGCUGGACUCUUCUGUUCAUGGACACUUUUCAGUUUCCUGCAGUACACAGGGAGAUGUUUUUUUUCCUUUGAACUCCCAUAGUGUGGCUCGGCCAAAGUCCUUAGUUCCAACCCCCCCCCCCCCCCAAAGUCUAUAUGUAUAUACACUGUGUACCAUAUGCAGCGUAGUCAUGAGAAGCCACUCUUCUGUUCUUAUUAAAAGCCCUAUGGGCAGGGAAGGUA